GCUUGCCGUAGUCGCAGCGGCACCACCAACCAACCGGCCAACAUGGCGUGCUUGGAUGUACACGUCCGAAUAUGCGAACAAGAAAUACUUAAAUAUGAUUUGGAAAUAAAGGCCCUCGUCCAGGAUGUAAGGGAGUGUACGGGACCUCAAAGCACACUGACAGAACUCAAUUCAAAAGUGAUAGAGAGUUUCCAGAACCUCAGGCUGCGGAUACAGGAUCUAGAGCAAAUGGGAUUGGAGCAGGACAAGGAGUCUGAUAAGCAGGCUUUACUGCAGCAGGUAGAGGGUCAUCGAAAACAGAUGAUCAGCAACCAAAUUGCUUGGAGAAAAGCAAACCUGACCAGUAAAAUGUCAAUCGAUGCCCUGGAGAAGGAGGCUCUGCUUAAUGGAGACGAUGCUUUGAGGAAAAGGAAGAAGACCAAGGGGGACCUGACUCAGACCUCCAGUGACAUCACAGAGAGCCUGAUGAGCAUGAGUCGUAUGAUGGCACAGCAGGUGGAGCAGAGUGAGGACACCAUGACAACACUGGCCACGUCCUCCAAGUCGGUCCAGGAGACCAACGAGGAGUUCAAGGCCAUGACAGGCACCAUCCAGCUGGGCAGGAAGCUUAUCACCAAGUACAACCGUCGGGAGCUCACCGACAAGCUGCUCAUCUUCCUGGCCCUGGCCCUCUUCUUCUCCACCGUGCUCUACAUCGUCAAGAAGAGACUCUUCCCCUUCCUGUAGGAGACCACCAUGGAAAGCCCCCCCACCCCCCCCCCACACACACACACACUCCAAACGCUUUAAUAUCUCCUCCCAUCUGAAGUCGAAUACUCGAAUACUGCUGCUAGCGAGCCGACUCUGUGCAUGGCAUUGUGAAUGUUGUGCUCUGCUGUAUGCCUGUGGUGCUGUUUAGGUGUACUCCGUAGGAUAUCUAUUGAUCAAUCAAACUCCGGUAACCCAUUGCCUCAAAAAAGCAAGCACUGAUUGCACACUGGUUCACUAAGGUUUUAGUGUUCUCCGCAAAUAUCCCAGUAGCAGGAAGUGAGCUGUAGUUCUCUCUAUUAUUUUGGUGGUGCUGUGCAUUGCCGUGAAUGAGGGCCGUGAAUGUCAGUAGAGUUAGCUGGUUUUAAAAUAUAUCUAUUUUAAUAUUGUUAUUAAUAUUCCACCUCUUUUCCUUCUAUUGCCCAAAGCUGGAUAAGGAAAAGCUUAAAGGUUAACCAUAUCAUUUCUUUAUUCCAUUUUUUGUCAAUCCCUUCUCUCCCUAGUUACUAACGUUAUAAUAAUCCGAAAAUAAAUACUAUUUUAUUUUAACACACUUAUAUUGAGUGUCUUUAAUUGAAAAUCUCUGGGUGUAUUCACUAUUUAAAAUCCCAACAGUGAUUGUUUGCACUGUAAUUAUCCUGUUAUUUGACGUUACAUUUAGUUAACCAAUUUGAAGAAAUUACUUAUUUUUGAGAAUUGGAGCUUUACAUUAUUUAAUAAUCAUCCCAAUGUUUAUUUAUAUAUCAUAUCCCCUGUUUGCAAUUGAAUUGUUAUUAUAUAACCUGCAGUAUUUGUAAGGCUUACAUGGACCAAUAAACCAUACCAGUGUACUACCAACUCCAUCGUGUAGUGUGCUGUUGAAUGCCGAUGUCCAUACAGCAAAGUGAAAACGGUUAUAGGAACCACAGUGGCAGUAACCUAUGCAUGGUCGCAAUAGUACCAUGCCUCCCUGUCCUUCUGCAGAUAACACCAGGAAAAGCUGAUUAAUCAUGUGUGUGUGUGUCUGUGUGUGUGUGUGGGGAGAGAUAUUUUUAGGUUUGUGUGACUGCUAUCUGUCUUUGCCUUUUCAACACCUAAUAGGAGCAAGUCUAUAAUGACCUUACAGCCUUCAGAUGUAAUUGAUGUAACCCAUUGUUGAGGUUGUUUUUUUUAAAUGAACAAUUACAGUAUUUGGACCUGAAACCCAAUGCUGUUGUUGAUAUACCUGCAUGUUUACCAAUGGGACAAUACCUAGGCUGGAUUGGCUAAGCCUUAGGGGAUGGCUAAACAGCUCUUGUCUGUUUAAAGUGGUGGCAAUUGGCUUGUUCAUGUAGAGUAGACACACUCUGCUAGACUCUUGUCUGUAUGUAAAGCAAAUUGGACUAUUCAGGCAUGUAGCAAAGUGAUCACGUCAAUCAAACGCCCAUAUUCUUGCUCUGGAGAUUUAAUUUGAAGAAAAGUUUGACUAGUAGGAGUUUAUUAGAAGAGAAGUAAUUGUGAUGUUCUGGGCACUUGUUUCUAUUAAUAUCUUUAUUGUAUCAUCAGCAAUAUAUUGUUUAUCUUCCUUCUGAGAAAUGUACUUCUGUAUAUCACUUUGGAUAAAAACGUCUGCUAAGUUAUUGAGCUUUAGCAUUUUGUUUGAGUUUG